AGACGCGCUUUCGCUGCCUCUUCCGGGACCGGGGAGGGGAGCUGCGAGGGAGGCGGCCUGCUGAGGCCCAGCCCGCCGGGAGUUUGGCUGAGUGGCGGGCGGAGGGACGGACGAAGCCAGACUGCUAAGCUUCGGCUCGUUAGAGGGAGCUAUCGGCCGGAGACAGCGGGGCUUGCUGCAGUGAGCGACCUGCUCCUGCCUUCGCUUCCACCUCCUCGAGAGCCAGCGAAACUUGCCGGCGAGCCGAGUUAACCGCAGGAGAAAGAGGCGGCGUCGAGGGGUCACGGCGCAGCCUCUUCGCGGCAGUCGAGGUGGGCGAGGGCCCUGGCGGCCACGGUUGCCACCGUUAUGAAUCCGACGGACUCCACGGAAACGGCCUUGGAAGGAAAGCCGCCUGGUCGGAGAGAAGUGCAAAGGAAAUAGGGAGUGUUCCCAGGCCAUUCCGUUGGGUCCAGGCCAGCAACCUCCAUGUCCAUGAGACCGCCGUUAUCCCGCCAGAGUUGCAGCCACUGCCUCCACUUCCUUCUCCUUCACCGGCAGCCACCGAUCAAGGCACCCCCCUCUAUUGCUAAGGCCAUCAGGCCCACUUCUCUGGGCCCUCCCGUUUCCUUUCCUCUGCGCAGCAGAAGGAAAAGACUACAAACUUCUGUGUGAAAAGAAUGGCUAUAACUUUGGAAAAGGCCCAAAGGGCAGGCUAUAUAUUUCUGAAAGCACUGUUAAGAUUUAGCUUCAUGGUUGCUAAUAACCUUGUUGCUCUUCCGUCCUAUAUUUUGUACUUGAUAGUACUGCAACCUCUUCGAUUGUUGGAUAAUAAAUGGUUUUGGUAUAUCGAAGGAGUAUUAUUUAAAUGGCUUUUAGCCAUGGUGGCAUCCUGGGGCUGGUGGGCAGGAUAUACAGUCAUGGAAUGGGGAGAUGAUAUUAGAACACUUUCAGAAGAUGAAGCUUUGAUGCUGGUGAACCAUCAAGCAACCGGAGAUAUUUGCACUCUAAUGAUGUGCCUUCAAGACAAAGGCACGGUUGUUCGUCGGAUGAUGUGGCUGAUGGAUCAUAUAUUUAAAUACACAAAUUUUGGAAUUGUAUCGCUGAUUCAUGGAGACUUCUUUAUAAGACAGGAGACGCCACUUUCAAUACAGGUCACUCCCAUUCGGUCUGGCUUCUUCCCUCCGCACGCUCACGAAGGUCCUGGCGGCAUUGGCAGCUCACCUGCGAUCCCUCCCGGUGAGACUCUAUUGCUACCUCGACAACGUGCUCGUCCUGGCCCAAUCCUGAGCACAGGCAAUUUGCAACCUGAACCUAUCCAUAUGAAGUCUACAGUCUCUGGGGUUUUCCAUCAACUUCCCCAAGAACCAUCUCUCUCCCUCGAUGAGAAUUCUCCAUCUGGGAACAGUGAUAGAUUCGAGAAUGGGACUAGUUCGUCUUUCCCCAGAACGCUUGACAAGCCUUCAAGCCAUGGCACAACACAUCCAUGCAAGUCGGUCAGUUUCCAUCCUGACCUUGGUCCGCUUGCUGGGCAAGAUGGUGUUGUGCAUAGGGAUUGUUCUAUGGGCCCGCCUCCACUCUUGGACUCUCCAGUGGGUGCUCAUCCCCUUCCAAUGUCAAAGCACGAGCAAUUCUCCAUGUUCGGUCCCCCUGUCACCGGGGCUUCACUGGUCCCUGAAGUGGUGGCUGUCCCCGGCCUUGAGCUGCGGAUCCGAGUUUUGGGAGCCGGAUCGCAUGUCCAUUACGACAGAGGUGAGCCUUUUCAGCUUGGGGGCCCUUGAUGGAAUCCAGACUGGCGCAGGGUUGCUGGUCACGAUACGACCUGUGCCACAAUAUAAACUGGCUGGAGCUGAAGGCAGCUUGCCUGGCUCUACUUAAUUUUUGAGACUCGACAGCCAACCAUCACGUGCUCCUCCUGAUGGGCAAUGUUGCUGCAAAAGCCCACAUAAAUUGUCAGGGGGGACCCAUUCCAAGAUCCUAUGACUGGAAGCCCAGAAGCUCGGGCUCUGGGCGGACAGGAACCUGGCGUCAAUAAUAUCAGAACACAUCUUGGGCAUAGUCAACCAUCAGGCCGACUGGCUGAGUCAGGCAACGGUCGACCAUGGCGAGUGGCAGCUGAUUCCAGAACUCUUCUACAGAAUAUGCCUAUGCUUCGGCAACCUGUUGGUUGACUUGUUCGCCAGCCCGACCAAUGCCCAGCUGCCCCAUUUCUUCUCCCGCUUCCCAGCAUGCAACACAGAAGGAACAGAUACCCUCAGAAGCCCAUGGCCCCCGGGCCUCCUUUAUACCUUUCCCCCCUCCUCUAAUCCAGGAGACCCUGAGGAAAAUAGUGAUAGAGAGAACACACAUCAUCCUGGUGGCUCCAUACCGGCCGAGGCAGCCUUGGUUCGCGGACCUAGUCCAGCUGUCCAUAUCCCCCUCCCUGGAGGAUCCCCCAGGAGGAGAUUGCCCUGUGCCAGGGGGUCCUGGUCCACCCAGAGCCCCAGUGGCUCCAACUGACCGCCUGGCACUUGAGUGGUGCCUUCUAAGGGAUGCCAAUCUGUCCUCCAAAGUCAUCUCUACCAUUGAGGCCGUCAGACGACCAUCUACCACAUGGAUUUAUAAUUCGACGUGGUCGAUGUUUGCCUCCUGGUGUGAAAGAUUCCACCUAUAUCCGACCAAUGCCUCGGUCACCCAGGUCCUUGAGUUUCUGCAACACAGCUUAGAUCGGAGUCCCUCCCAUUAACAACUUGCAGAGACAGGUGGCUGCCCCCUCCUCAGUCCUGGCAGGGGAGGGCCGUUUAUCCCUAGCCCAGUCCCCUCUGGUCAAACAGUUUCUAAAAGGAGCAGUGAACCUGUGCCCGCCCCCCAGUGCACAGGUUUCCAGCGUGGGAUCUCUCCCUAGUACUGAGGGCUCUCACGGGACUCCCCCUUCGAACCAUUAAGAAUGGUACACCUCAGGUACCUAACUCUAAAGGUGACCUUCCUCAAUGCCGUUACCUCGGCUAGAUGGAAAUCCGAGUUGGGCUUCUUGUCGUCCAAAGAUGAGUUGUGCCAAUUCCACCAAGACAGGGUCGUUCUGUGACUCGACCCGACCUUUCUCCCAAAGGUCCAAUCCCUGUUCCAUAGAUCACAGGAGGUCAUUCUCCAUAACAUCUGUCCCUCUCCCUCCCAUGAGAGGGAAAUCCCUUGGCACAGACUAGGUGUCCGCCGCGCCUUGCGCAUUUAUCUCACAUCCCCUAUUAGGUGUUCGGAGGCUCUGUUUCUGUCCUUCCAGCCCAGUACCGUGGGUGCCAGGGUCUCUUCAACUACCAUAGACAGGUGGUUAUGACAGACCAUCCUGGUGGCCUACGAAGCCUUAGAUCAGGUUGCACCGCAGGGAAUUACAGCCCACUCCACUAAGAGUGCAGCUACCACGGCUGCAUGGGCCACCAGGGCUCCUCUAGAGGACAUCUGUAGGGCGGCCACUUGGGCCUCUCCAACUCCCUUUAUCCGACACUAUCAUUUAGAUCGUUUCGCUUCAGCGGACAUAGCCUUCGGCCGUCGGUUGCUCCAACAGGUAGCGACCUCCCCUCCCCUGGAGUCAACAUCCCUCCCUGGGACUUAGCUUGGGUAUGUCCCAGCUGUAGCCCCUCCCGCCGAAACUACAGGAAAAAUAACGGUCCUUACCUGAACGUUUCUUUUCUGUAGUAAGGCGGGAGGGGCUAAAUUCCACCCAUGCCAUUGGUCAGCCGGGUUCGGGACGGUCGGGGGUCUUUGUGUGUGUGUACAUUGGCUUUCCUUACAUACUACUCGCAGCUUUUUCCAUUCGACCUCGUGAAACUGGGAGCCUAGAGGGAAAGGAGGAUACUUAAGAAAAAUCCCUCAGUCUCUAGACCAAUCAGGCUGUGACUAAACCUAGCUGUAGCC